CAGCCCCGGCCCGCUGCCAUGGCCCAGCCCCGUCCAUGGGUGGCGCUGCAGCUCCCGUGGCCGUUGCGCGUAGGCCGCGGCUGCGGUUCCCAUGGUAACGGCGGAACGGUGCAGCGCGGCCCCCGAUGUCACAAGGCACCGGCUGGAAGGCUGCAAGAACACCUGCAGCUCCGCACCAAGCGCACCACCAGAUGAAGCUCUCUGGGCGCUGGAGUUUACUCCUGCCCUGACACACUUAACAUCUGACAAUGGACGACACCAUGCAUAGCUUGAGGCAUAUACAGAGGCAGGCGAGGCUACUGGACAUGCGCAUGCAGCUGCUCCGUGACAGGCUGUGCCAUGAUCACCACCAUCAUGGCUCAUGCCACCAUCAUGGCUUAUGCCACGGCCACCAUCACCACUUCGGCCAUCAUCACCACCACUGCCUGCCCCAUCAUCACCACCAUCACCACUGCCUGGGCCAUCACCACCACGACCACUGCUUAGGCCACGGCCACCAUCAUCACUUCGGCCAUCAUCACCACCACUGCUUGGGCCAUGGCCACCAUCACCACUUUGGCCAUCAUCACCACCACUGCCUGCCCCAUCAUCAUCACCACCACCACUGCUUGGGCCAUCAUCACCAUCACCACUGCUUCGGCCACGGCCACCAUCAUCACUUUGGCCAUCAUCACCACCACCACUGCCUCCCUCAUGACGGGUGCCACUCCCUCUGUUCAAGGCUGGAUGUGGAGCGACGACUGGACAAAAUGAGAAGACUUGGCCUGAUGUUGAACUCUUGCCAUGAUCCAUGUCAUGUGGCUUUGGUCGAUGUGAAGGGUUUUGAACCCUGUGAAGUGAGUGUAACAGUGAGAGACGGGAAGGUGACCGUGACAGGCGAGCACACGGAUGAGCACUGCACCGCAUUGACAAGAACAUGUAACGUCAGGAAGUUCAUGCAAGAAUUCUGCCUGCCACCGGGGGUGGAAGAGGAUGAGGUGUCCUACGGCUUGGAAACCAACAGCCUUGUGAAGAUUGCAAUGACACCCAAGUGCCUUGAGGUGUGUCAUGAUCAUCAUGACUGCCACGAUCACUGCCACGAUCACCACGACCACCAUCAUCAUCAUGAUCAUCAUCAUCAUGAUCAUCAUGAUCACUGCGACUGAGCUGCAGCAGGCAUUCCUCUGCCUCACCUCUUCAGUGUGUCUCAAUAACUGUGUGUCAGCAGCUUCUCUUGCCUCUUUAACAAAAGA